UGAAUAUCUGAUGACAAUGAUGAUCCUGCGCUAAUUGACACUGUCACGAGUCCUUCUUGAGCAUAUCAACAACCAACUUUCCGGGUGUGCCAGCAUGAUAAUCUUCGACCAGCUCAUUCAAGGCAGAGAAAGGAUAUGUCUUGAUCUUCGCCUUCACUCCGUGUUCAACACAAAACUCCAACAUCUCCUUCAGUGCUUUGUUGGAGCCUAUCAGCGUCCCAGUCACAGUGAUACGCCGGAAGACGAGGUCUGCUGCCGAAACAUGGAACCCUUCGGGCGGAAACGAGACAACGACGGCUAGUCCUCCGUUGCGGAGUAGAUUGACCCCGUAGUCAAAUGACUUCUGACUCUCAGGUAGGAUCAAAACGGCGUCUAGACCCAUUUCUGACAUGUGUUCUCUGUGGUCCUCCUUGCCCAUCGAUUGCCGAACAUCCUCCGGACUUUGCUUGAGCGCAUCAACAAUCGUACAGCCCGUCUCCAAUCCUCUCGCGAGAUCCAAGGCCUUUGGCGAGACGUCCACACCCGUCGUCUUCAAACCCAUUUUGACGGCAAACUGUAGGCCCAGGUGUCCGAGCCCGCCGCCACACCCGAUGAUGCCCACUCUCUGUCCAGAUUUGAGAUUGCAUUUUCUCAGCGCGGCGUAGACGGUCAGUCCAGCACACAUCAAUGGUGCAACCUGCACGGAAGCCAUCUGGUCUGGAAUCAACGACACUUGCUUCGAGUCCACAACUGCGUACUCGCGGAAACCACCAGGCCCGUGAACUCCGAGGCCGCCAUGAGUGUAUGGGCAGUACACCGAGAAACCAGGUUCGUCCGGGUCGGAACCAGAGGGAUUUUGACAUUCAAGACACCGUUCACAGACGUGAUACCCGCGUCCGGAAACUGCAACACGGUCACCAACCUUGAGACCAUGACUUGAAUCUUUGCCUGGCGGGAGCGACACCACCUGCCCAGCAAACUCGUGGCAUCCGAUGUGUGGAAGGGACGGAGGAUGCAUGGUCCCUGCAGCUACCACGGCAUCCGUAUGACAAUAUGAGCCUGCCUCGACGCGAAUAAGAACGUCAUCUGGGUGCUCGAUGGCGGGAAGUGGCACUUCGCGCAGACGAUACGGCUUUCCAAACUCCUCGAGUAUGUACGCCUUCAUGGACUGUGGUAAUUCUGGUGACGCCAUGGUGAUUGCUUGGUCCGUCUCACGUUGUUUGGUGUACGAGAUCUUUAGCUCCCAACAGGUUUAUUACGGACGAUGUUCAACUUUUGGAGAACCCCUGCAGAAUGGCUAGUCGAAUUGCGGGCGGUGUUCAUCCACUUUCUCCCCCACAACUCCUGCACAUUGUAAUGUGGCGAGAACACGAACUCUGACCCCACCACAUCUGUGAAGCAGAAAGCCGACUCACUCAGAAGCAAUGCAAUUUGAAUGCAGGGCAAGGAUGUUGCAUCAGCUUCCUGCACGACUUGUUAGGAUCAUGUAGGUUUAACAGCCUUCCGAUGCCAAAGCUCACUGCAAAGGACUUCUCCCCACACAUGCAUGACUUUUGAGGCCGUGGGGAUGUUUGCUCUGGGUUCAAUACACUUGCAACUUGAUGUACAGGCUUGGUUCCUGUAAUCUCUCAACUCACGGUUUGGCACUUUCAUAGACUGAAUAAGUAUUUACAUUCAUCUCACAGCUACUGAUGUGACAGAGCUUUAACAGACAUUACUAAUAUCGGUCGCAUCAUGGGGUCACUAGGCAAUGCGGAAAGAAUUGAUGUUGUUAUCGUCGGUGCCGGCAUUGGUGGUGCAUCUUGUGCAAUUGCCUGUGCAAGGCAAGGUAUGAAGGUUACACUUUUCGACCAAGCGCCAGAGUUACUACCGAUUGGAGAUUCGGUCGGCUUCGGUUCAAACUCAUCCAAACUCUUCAAGCGCUGGGGUUUGUACGAAGACAUGUGGCAGGUUUCGAGUCGAGCGAACGAUACCAUUAUGCGCAACUGGGAUGGCAAAGUCAUUGCGCUGGAUCAAACUUUGGCUACGGCCGAGGCGAGAUACGGCUACCGCGGUCUUCUUGGGCAUCGAGGUCAUUAUCACAGGAUAUUGAUAGACCAUGCACUCAAGAACGGGGUUGAACUACGGCUUGGUCAGAAAAUUGAGCGCUAUGACGCAGAGAAACCGAGUAUUUUCCUACCUAGUGGAGAAGAGAUCGUGGCGGAUGUUGUGAUUGCUGCAGAUGGCGUGAAAAGCCCGGGUCGCACUGCAGUGCUAGGCUUUGAGGAUGCGCCUAUUCACAGUGGAUAUGCCGUGUGGCGUGCAUAUGGGGACUCUUCCAUCUUUGAAGGUGAUCCAUUGGUAGAAGAGUUUCUCCAGAAAGACUGUGUGAACCUCUGGAUCGGACCCGACUUGCACGGAUUUGUGACCACUGUACGCAACGGAAAAGAGAUCAAUGCCGUACUGACACACAAGGACGUUGCAGACAUUGCCGAGGGCUGGCAGUUUCCUGGCCAUCGAGACGAGAUCUUGAGAACGAUCAAGGACUGGGACCCGGCAUUUGUACGAGUAUGGGAAAAAAUUGAGAACAUAAUCGACUGGAAACUUGUCUACCGACCAUGCUUGGACAAGUGGGUAACUGAUAGUGGCCUGGUGGCGGUCAUGGGAGAUGCUGCUCAUCCUUUCCUUCCGACCUCGACACAAGGCGCCAGCCAAGCCGUUGAAGAUGGUGCAACCAUCGCGCUGUGUUUGGCAAAAGCUGGCAAACAUCAGAUCCCGCUAGCGUUACGAACUUACUUUGCCCUACGUUACGAGCAUGUCAGAGCCGCACAGCAGGUCGGUAUUACACAAAGAGACAAAUGGCACAACCUGCACGAUAAGACUACUAAGAAGAUGAUGAAGACCUUGGACACUUCUAAAGGUGUGUUGGAUAGCUAUUCGCUGUGGGACCACGAUGCGGAAAAAGUAGUUGAAGAUGAAUGGGACAAUGUAUCAGAGCAAGUCAGGCUUCAGUUUGGCUUGCCAUGAACAAUGAAAAGAGAUUCUCGCAUUUCUAGAAAAAUACCAAACUAUGAC